AUGGAAGCCACAAAAAUGCAAAUGGACAUGCACAAGUCCAACUCCUGGCUCUACUACAAACUCAGCAUCCACACCCUAGGCCUAGUCCUUCGGUCUGGCAUCACAAUCACCAGCCCCGACCCCAAAGCAGACGCAAAACUCCAAGUCACCUCAGGCGUACACCAUGGAGGAACUCUCAAAGUCAUCGUCGCCGGCCUCCCCCGCACCGGCACAAUCAGCAUGAAGCGCGCCCUCGAGGAACUAGGCUACGGCCCCUGCUUCCACCUCGCCGAACCCCUCUGCCAAUUCGACAACCUCCGCCAAAGCGCCGCCAUCGUCCACACAAAAGACACGGCCCUCCGGCGGCGCAAGCUCGCCAAACUCCUCCAAGGCAGCGAAGUUACCCUCGAGGUUCCCGGCAGCGCUUGCCUACCCGACCUACUAGAAAUGUACCCCGACGCCAAAGUCAUCUUGACAGAACGCACCUCCGCAGCGGUCUGGCUGCGCUCCUGGCGCGGGUUCGGGAUCGAUUUGAGGUCGGACUGCUUCCGCUGGAUCGGGUACUGGGUUCCCGGCGUGGUGGCAGCUAACGAUCUCUACCGCGGGUGGAUGUGGCUUGCGUCCGAGCGGUUCGGGGUGGAGGCCGAGCCAUCGGAGGAGCUGUACCAUGCGCACAGUGCGUGGGUGAAGAGCAUCGUGCCGAGAGAGAGGUUGCUGGUCUUCAAGUGUCAGGAUGGAUGGGGGCCUCUGUGUGAGUUUUUGGGGCGGCACAGGCCGAAUCCGUUCCCGCAUGGCAAUGAGGCGGGUUACUUGCGGUAUUAUAAGCGAGUGGCGAUGGUGUUGGGGAUUUUUCUGUGGUUGGGUGUUCUCGCGAUGGCUAUUAUGUCGUUGUUUGUGAUGUCUUUGGUGGAGUAG